UGCGCGGUGAGAUUACCUCAUCGCCUACUGUUCUCUAUAAAUUGGCGCGAUUUAUAGAUCUAGGGUUUCUCGUGCUCUCUUCGAGGCGGGUUGGUUUCUUCUCCCCGCCCUUCUCUUUUCCUCCGAUGGCGAAUUCCGACUCUGAGUUCCGUUGCUUCGUCGGCGGCCUCGCCUGGGCCACCGACGACGCUUCCCUCGAGAGGGCCUUUAGCCCUUUCGGCGAGAUCAUCGAGUCCAAGAUCAUCAAUGACAAGGAGACGGGGAGGUCGAGGGGGUUCGGGUUUGUUACCUUCCGCGACGAGCAGUCGAUGAGGGACGCCAUCGAGGGGAUGAACGGCCAGAUCCUCGAUGGGAGGAGCAUCACCGUCAACGAAGCCCAGGCCCGCAGCGGCGGGGGCGGCUUCCGCAGCGGCGGAGGCGGCGGGUACGGUGGUGGUCGCCGUGACGGAGGAGGGUACAACCGCGGAGGAGGCGGCGGCGGCUAUGGAGGAGGCGGCGGUGGCUAUGGGGGAGGCGGUGGUGGCUACGGAGGAGGCGGUGGCGGCUACGGAGGAGGCGGUGGGUACGGCCGCGACCGCGGAUACGCCGGUGGUGACGGUGCGUCCCGCUUCCCGAGGGGCGGUGGUGGCGCGUCGGACGGGAACUGGAGGAAGUGAGCCGUGGUCGAGGGCUCUGUGGUGUCGUUAAAGUUAUGUCGGUCUCGUUUGGUUCGCGUUGUUUGCUUUUGUGAUUCCGCCGUGGUCGUUGCUGUGAUGUCUUUGGUCUGCGCCUCCCUUUCGGUCAUCGGAAAGGAUUUGGUUCGCGUUGUAUUUAAAAGUUCCUUCCGAUUAGAUCCCUCUCCGGACGGCGCAUCUUCGUAAAGGGGUCUCUCAUUUCAUCGACAGAAAUUAGUCCAAAUAUUUACCAAAUUCUAGCAGAUGAUUCACAGCAUUGCACAACUAAUAAGAUUUUAAUUUUAUGUA